UAGCGAAGUAUGUCAUGAUGGAGAUAUAAAUAUAGGAACAGAUAAGGGGCGCUCCACCGAGAUUGAAGAAAAUAAUCAAGACAAAGACACGGCUUCUCUCCGUAGCAGCGGGAACUUCUCAUCAGGAUGGAGCGCCUCAAGAAAUUAGAUCGAUCAAAGCAACACCGGCAGCGCCUCGAACACGCCGCCUCAACCCGCGACCUCCAAGCAAAGCCUGCCCCUCCGCCGCCUCCACCUCUCCCAAUUCCGUGUGAGCCUCCAGAGCCGAUCUCUCCACCGUACGAAUACCGUUGUUGGUGGCCCGAGCCCGAGCGGCACGAGUCCGAGCUUGCCCAGCAAGCCUGGAGGUCCGUACGAAUAGGCAGCGUAUGGAGCGAGACGGUCUGGGCUGCGCGGGCGCGCGCACAUGUCCGUCGACGACUGAGGAUUUUGACUGCCUGGGGUUGUAACAGUGAUCAUCCUCGCAAGGGUCGCCGCGCGUCGGUUGGUACUGAGGGGACUAGUCUGAGGCAUGAGGUCGCCGUGGAGAUCAGCGGCCUGACGGGCAAGGAAUUAUGCAGGUACGGGAACGCGUGGCGGGGACUGGAGUAUGUGGAUGAGUGUUGUGCUGAGGGAAUGAUGGCGAUGACGCUCCUGGAUUACACGAAUACCGCGGGAAAGGUCUUUUCGAUUUCGAUGGAACCCGCUCAGAACGACCAUGACAAUGUCGGAGAAUCAGCCGAGCAGCCACGGUUCGGCCAGCAGGCUUUCUCCCGCGCCGCACUCCAGCGGAAAAUCGAAACUCUCCGUCUUGAUCGUCCGUUCGUCAAUCAAAUCCAGUUUGCCCGUCAAAGCUGGCGCGUUGAAUGGCUUUCGGAACAUAGCCCAUUUGACUGGUUAGAAACCUUCCCUCCACCACGACCAGAAGAGGACUUCGGUGGAUCAAGCAAAGAGGAAUUGGAAGCCAACGCGCGAAGCGCACAAUUACAAAGGACUCGCUGCGUCAUGUUGACCCACGCCCUGGAUGAAAUCGGCGGCGAAGCCGGAUUACAGAAACUCUUGAAAAUCAUGCGGAAACGAAUACGUCGGUCGGAUGGCUUGGGUGUCAAACUCAUGGUCGCCCAGCGCUAUGCGAGUGCGGAGGAUUUCACGGGGAUAUCGAUGUCGCCGGAGCAGAUUACGCGUUUUGUGGUGAAUCGGGGUUGGCGCAAGGAGAGGGAGGAAUGGGUUCAUGCGAAGGUGGGUUCGGGGACGUUUCAUGCUGUUGCGUUGAAUGAGUGGGGGGAGCAGGUGAUUUCUGAGAGGUUGAAGGAAGAGGAGGCCGAGGUUGACGGGGAGCAUGUAUGGACGGCGGUCUUUGUGUUGGAUAUUGGUGGUGAUUGACAUCCCUGUAAUCACCUCGGCUGCCUCGAAAUUUCAUAAUUUAGAUAUCAAUGUCACAAUGACGGACUUCUUCCUCUGUGAAGACGAGUGGUCAAAAAUUGCGUAUCAAGCAGCCCCUU